AAGACGUUUCAGACGAGGAGUGCGAAGGCGGGGUUGCAGUUCCCUGUCGGUCGUAUCCACAGAUACCUGAAGCAGCGCACGCAGAAUAACGUCCGGAUCGGAGCGAAGGCCGCCGUUUAUUGUUCUGCUAUCCUGGAGUACCUCACUGCUGAAGUUUUGGAACUUGCCGGCAACGCAUCCAAAGAUCUCCGCGUAAAACGCAUAACGCCCCGCCACCUCCAACUCGCCAUCCGAGGCGACGAAGAGCUCGAUAUCCUCGUGAAGGCGACGAUCGCAGGUGGUGGUGUGCUGCCGUUCAUCCAUAAGAGCUUGACGGCGAGUAAGGCGCAGCAGAAG